CUAACAACUCACAAAGAGAAGUGAACAACAGUGUAGAGGAUCGAGGCACACAGUCUUGAAAAAAAAAAAGAGAAUAUUAUUUCGUAGCCUACAUCGACACAAAAGCAAAGUGAGAUAGCGGUUUUUGUGUUAAUUUGAAAAAUCAUUAAAUAUAUCUAUCGAGUUUAUGUUUAACAAAAAAAUAAUAAUUCAUUUUAUUAAUUAAUAUUUUAAUUAUUCAAUGACUCGUGUAUCUAAAUCAGAAGAGUGAAAAAAAAAAAAAAAAAAUUUAAAAAUCAAAAUAACACGUUUUCGAGGAAACAAAGCAAAAAUAUUUGCAAGUGUGUCGGUGUGUUGAUUUAUUGCUUGUGUAUUAGUAAUAUUGUGAAUUUAUUUUAUUUUUUUUUUUUCCUUUUUUUUCUCUCAUUUAUCAUCAAAAAAUUUAAUUAAAAAAAAAACAAUUGAUAUUAUUAUUUGAUUUUUUUUUGUCUUGCAUUUUAAAAAAGAAAAUAAUUUUUUUAAAAUAAAAUCAUAUAUCAAUUAAUUUUCGAGGUUAUUUGUGAAAGCUGUGUGUGGUGUAAUUGGCGAGAGAGUUGAAAUAAAUAAAAAAAAAAAAAAAUUUAACGGACAGAGAGUUGUGAAUAACAAUAAUAAACACAAGCUUAACUACGCGGUGGCCAUCUUGUGUGUUGCUCCAGCUGUGUGUGCCUCGAAAGAGAGUGUAAAAAAGCUGCUCCGUUAUUUUGAGAUAAAAAAAUAAAAAAAAAAAUAAUAAAAACAAAAACAAGCCAAGACCAACAGGCCAGGGUUUUUUUUUUUUGUUAAUUACACUGUUAAUAUUAUCACAACGGAUGUUACCAAACAUCAAAUUAUUACAAAAGUGGAAUUGGAGAAAAAAAAUAUCAUUUACAGCUCAAAACUGGAACGCAGUUGGUGGAUCAUACAAAAUAUUAAAAACAACAAUUUAUUUAUCACAAUUAUCAUAUUAUCAUUGUUUACAUUUGUUAAAUUACAAUCAUCAUCAUCAUUGUGGGACUCGUGACUAUUGCGCAGUUUAUUCACAAUAUUUAAUACCGGAAGUUGAGCUGUAACGAUACAAAAAAAAAUAUUUUAUUAUUAUUUGUUAAUAAAAAUAAAUUAUAAAUAAAAUAUAAAUAAAAAUUAACGAUCCAUCAUUAAGCUUGCAAAGACGCAGUUUGUUAAAUAAAGGGUGUAUAAAUUAUUUAAAAUUAAAUUAAUAAUAAUAAUUUUAUCAUCAUCAUCAUCAUGACGAAUUCAGCGCCGAAAAUGAACAACAAAGUUGAGAGACAGGGUUCACCAAAUGCUGGUGGUAAAAAGCAACAAAAUCGAGGAGGAACGAUUAAAUCAGCAAGUUACUAUUCAAAUAGUGCCAAUAAACAAUUUAAAAAUAAUAAUAGUAAUAUUAUUAUUAAUAAUAAUAACAACAACAAUGGAAGAUUAAGUUGCAGUCCACCAUGUGGUAAAAAUACAUUUGGUUUUAGUUCACCAUUGAGAUAUGACAGUCCACGUCAUGGUAGUCCAACAAAUUCAUAUUAUGCAGGUGCAAAAUUUUCUGAACCACCAUCACCAGCUAGCUUACCAAAGCCACCAAGUCAUUGGACAACAAGACUUAUUAAUAGCUGUCAAAGAUCAGAGGCAUGCUGUAAUUUUUCAAAUCAACUUAAAAUCAUGUUAAAUGUUCAGGCUUGAUAUAAAUAUUUUAUAUCAAAUAUUCAUGCUCAUAAUAAUGGCAUAUUUAAAAAUUAUUCGUGGACAAGUCAAUUGGAAUUAUUAUUCAUUCAUUAAUUACCAUUAGACAAAUCCAACGAGUGAACUGAAGACUUUGGUCAUCCAAAAUUGCUGAAAAAUUUAACACUUGUGACUUUAAACAAAACGAACAAAUUUUGUUUUAUUAUUAUUUAUUACUAUAUACUAUAUAUAUAUGCUCUUUUUUUUUAUUAUUUUUUUUUUUUUCAUUAAUUUCGUUUUACGGUUUUUUUUGCAUACGGUUUCUUUCUUUUUUUUUUUUUUUCGAUGAUGAAUGGUGGAAUUACGAGUGAUAAUAUUAAACAGUUUAAAUUGCUAUAUUGAUCUUAUGAAAAUAUGCAAAAAAAGAAAGUGAUAUAUACAUUUUGUUUAUUAUUAUUUUUUUAAAGAAAAAAAAAAAAGUCAAAACGUUGGAAAUGUGUUGAAAAAAAAAACAAAAAUUUAUGAACACUUAUUUGUGCGUGUAGUUUUUUUAAUUCAAGAAGAAGAAAAAGUGCACGUUUAUGGUUUUUUUUUUAAUUAAAAAAUAGAAAAAACAAAAAACAAUAAACAAUAACAAGUGAAAUAAUAAGUCAGAGAACAAUAUCUUCAUUAUUAAAUGCAGAAAUUGAGAAUUGAUUUCUUGAAUUUUGUAUGUAUUGCGAUUAAUGAAUUAACAAAAAAUUUUCGAUAUGUCAAUGAUUUUAUCGAAAUAGUUAAUACAAUAUGCCGUGUACAAAGUUGUAAACAUAUAUAUUUAGGAUAUUUAUAAUGUAAUUAAUGUGCAAAUCACUCAUACACGAACCCAUAAUGAUAAACAAAUUAUAAAAAAAUAUUUUACCAUUUAUACUUGAUUAACAAUGGUACAAAUGAUUGAAAUAUCGAUUUAAUCGAUAAUUGCCAUCUAAAAAUCGUUCGUAAUUUAAAAAAAAACAUUUUUUUUUUCUUUUUUUGAUUAAAUAUUUUAUUUAUUAUUAUUUUUCAAUCAUUGAAAUUUAUUAUUAUUAUUGUUAUUUUCUCAUUAAAGUACUUUAUAAAUUCAAAAAAAUCGAUAAAAAAUUUUUUGUUUUUUUUUUCUACAAAGAAAAAGAUGAGAUAAAAAUUAAAAUUUCGAGUAGGCUUUUUUUUUUUUCUUUCUAUAAGAGACAAUAUUAUUACUAACUUGAUUCCAAAGAUUUUAUUUACAUGAAAAAAAAAAAAAUAGUAUUGAAAAAUCAAAAUUAAGCAAAAGUUAGUUUAAUUUAAAGUUUAAAAAUUUAUAAUUUACGAGCAUACAUUUACGUGAUCUUUGACUUGUUAACAUCAACAUGUUAUUCUCAUUUUUGAGUUGACAUAAAAAUAUAAGAUCAGAAAAAAAAAAAAAAGGAUAUAAAUUAAUACAAAUCAUUUUUUUCCCCCGUUGUUUAUUAAUAAUCUAUAUAUAUAUUUUAUAGUUAUCAUUAAGAAUGAUGAAAUAACUAAGUCCGAAAAAAUUAUUAUCAACGUAUUAUGAUUAUUAUUUUUAAAUAAUUCGUUUCGAUAAUGUGUGUUUUUUACGUUGAAAAAAAAAAUCCAUUUAUGCGUUUCUUUUAUUUUUUAAAUAUUUUUUUUUUUUUCUUUUUUCACAAACGAAUCAUUAAAAGUUUCAUUAACAAAAAUAAUAUAAAUUUAUUUUCAAAAUUACAUUAAAGAAAGUUUUUUUUUUUUUUGUAUUUUAUCAAUUUUAAAUUAACAAUAUUUUAAAAAUAAAAUUUCAUCUGUUAAAAAUUAAAAAAGAAACAUUAACGUUUAAAUAAAAAAUUGUGAUUAAAAUGAGCAAAAUGAGAUUGUGCAAUUUAUCAUUAUUGAUGGUACUACUUAUAUUUAAUUGCUCAUAAUUUAUGAAAAAAAAAAAAAAAAAAAUUGUACUCGAAACGAAAUAAUAAGGACUAAAUACGUAAUUAAAUAUAUAUAUAUUAAAAAUUCAUACAAAAAAAUAUAUAUAUAUUUACAAGCAUAAAAUGCUCUAAAAUUUUAACGGAUAUAAUUAUAAUCAUGAUACAUCAUCAUCAUUAACAAAAAAAAAAAUGUUUUUUUUUUUUAAAUAAUUUUUUAAAAACGUAUACACGCGUUUUAUUUUGUUAUCUGUAAUAACACAGUGAUAAAAUUUAAAAACCCCGGUGAUUGAGAGAAAGAAAAGUAUGUAAAGGCAAAAAAAAAAAAAAAAGAAAAUGGAAAAAAAGAAAAUGAGAGUUGAUAAGUCAUUGUAAAUUAUUUUUUUAAAAUAGGUUUUUCUUUGACUUUAAAGUUUGAGAUCAAGUAUGGAAUUUAUUGUAAAUUAUUUAUAGAUCUCUAUGAUAUAUUAUAUAUAUUUUUUUUUAAUUUGUAAAUUUUUUUUCUUUGUCCUAUAUAAUUAUAUAUAUAUAUUUUUUUUUUCUAAUACGGUUUUGUAAACCGUGUUGCGUGUGUGAUGUGUGCUGACUUGUAGUUGGACAUAUAAAUGUGAUAUUGCAUCGUACAAACGGAAAAAAAAUGUUUUGUUAAUUGGUAAUCUAAAUGUAUGCUCUUAAAUAAUUAUAAUAUUUUUUAAACUUGCCAUAUUGUUUAUUGUUUAAUUUAAAAAACAAAACAAACAUUUAUAAAUUGACACAACACAGUAUUGCUUUUUUAAUCAUAAAUUGUAUUUUUAAAUUUAUCUUUAUCAUCUUGUCUCUUUUUCUUUUAAAAUACAAAGAAAGAAAAAAAAUAAUAAACAACAACAAUAAAAGAAUUAUAAACUUUGGUUUAAAUAUAACCAACAGUUUAUUUUUCUUUUUUUUUCUUUUCUUUUUUUUUUCCUAAAUGAUAUUAUAAACAUUACGAACGAUUAAUCAAGGCAAAUAAAUAUUCAAUAGUCAAUCUACUUUUUUAUAAAAAAAGUACUGAUAAUUUAUAUAUAUAUAAUAAUUAAUAAGAUAAUUCGUGUAUGAGUGUGAAUUAAAUCGACUUGUAAUUUGUGAAAAUAAUCAUCAAAUGGCCAAUUUUGUAUAAAAAAAAAUAUUAAUAUUUAAUAUUUAAGAAAAUACGUUGAGUUAUCAUUCACCACUUUGAUAAUUAUUGUAAAAUAAAAAUAAUAUUAUGCUGAAUGAUAAUUCAAAGUGUUAUUGUUAAAUAUUGAAUGAAAAAAAAAAAAAAAACGAAACGAAAGAAAAUCAACUAAGCCAAAUCAGGAAAGCAACAAAUAAAAAAUUAUCCAGUUACAUGAAAUAAAUAAAAUAAAACUCUAAAAAUCACAUGAGUACACAAUGCGAUUGAUUCGCCAUUAAAAAUUAAUUGUAAAAUUUAAUGUGUAAGAUAUUAUAAUGUAAAUGUUGGGAUGAGACAGAGGGAAGGCUUUGCAUUAGAAAAUGAAAAAGUAAAAUCCAAUUUAUUGUCGGACAAUUAUGUAAUUAUAUUUCAAAAUUAAUUAAUUUUUUUUCCACAAUAUUUGCUGAAACAUUAACAACAAUUAUCUACAUGAAAAUUAAUAUAAUUUUUAUUCGAAAAAUUGCUUUAAAGAACAUAGAAAUAUUUUUUUUUUUUUUCGAAAUAAAUACGACAAUUAUUUGACAUACAAAAAAAUAUAAUUAGAAUUCGUUUAACUAAUUUUAUUUGAGCUUGAUUAUUACGUUAAUUAGUCUGACUCGAUUGUGUGAUAAAUAAUGUAAAGGUAUUUGAAAAUUAAUUUGUUUUUUAUGUAUUGGAAAAAAGUGAUAAGAGUGCUUCCCUCUUGAAGAUCAGUGCGUUUUUUUUUUUUUUCUUAUUUUGUUUUUUAUUUUAAAAAAAAAGCGACACAAAUAAAAUAAGUCGAGCUUUAUAUGAAAAAAAUUAAUAUAAUAUAAUAAGAAUGAUAUGAAAAUUUUAAGUAAAAAUUUAAAACCACAAAAAAUAAAUUUAAAAGAUAAUGUGAUUUAAAUAUUUUCACAGUUGAAAAAAAAAGACGCACGAUUCUUUGUGGCCCUAAAUUAAUAACGCACUUGCAAGUAGAAUGAUAAAUGAAAUAUAAAAAUUUACAAAUUUGAUAUAAUAAUUAAUAACAAUUAUACAAAAAAUAAUUUUUUAAAUCUUGCAUGUGCGUUAAUUUACUCAUGAAAACAAAGAAAGAAAAAAAAAAAAAAAAAAAGUUUUACUAAAUAUUUAAAAGGAAUUAGUUGAUGCUUUUUUUUUUUUUUUUUUUAAAUUUAUUAUUUAAUAUAAUUAUUAUAAGAUGUAUAAGCCAAUCAACGGAAGUAUGUUUGUUUACUUAUCGAACCAAAGUAUUUUGUCAUCAUAACUUCGUUGAAUGUGCCAAGUUUAUUCUCGACGUUUUAAAAAUUCGUAUGUUUUUUUUUUUGUUUUUAAAUAUUUAAAUGAAAAAAAAAAAAAAGAAAAUUUCUCGUGCUACAAGCACAUUAUUAUUGCACUAAAAUUACAAAUUAUCAAACAACAAUCUUACAUAAUUUAAAAAUCAAAUACUAAAUUGAAAAAGAAAAAAAAAAAUAGAUAAAAUAAUCCUCAGUAUGAAAAUUUGUCUAUCGAAAAAAACUGUCUCGAAUACUGUCGAGAAUUUCUGUGAUUUUUUAAUUCUACAAUUCGCGUGACAUUCCUUGAACGCGUUUUAAAAUAACGCCAAAUAUUUGUAAACAAGGAUUGUUUAAAUAAAUAUUAUUAACUUUUUUUUUUUUUUUUCCUUUUUCAAUUUAAAAAAUUUUUUUUUAUAAAAAAAAAUAAACAUAAAUUUAUGAGUACAUUUGUGAAUUAUCAUGUGAUAAAAUCAUCGUUAAAUAUUAAUUUUCAUUUUUGUUUUUAAUCAGAGAAAUAAUACAAAAAAAAAAAAAAAUACAAAAUCACAUCAACGUCGUCUUAUAGUAUUUUUCUUGAACGUGGUUUUGAAGACAUCACAUUAAAUAUAAUUGAAAAAUGAAAAUUAUUGUUUUUUUUUAAAUAAUAAAAAUUGCAAGUAUUGAAAUUAACUUUGACAUUAAAAUAUGUCGACCAGACCACGUUAAAAACAAGGAAAAAAAAAACGUACAAGAAAAAUUAUAAUUUACAUCGUUCUUAAUAUUUUUUCUUUUUUUUUUUUUAAUUUGAAUGGAGGUAAAAAGGGUAGUGUUUAAGUGACCAAAUAAACAUUGCGUAGAUAAAAAUGAAAAAUAAAAAAAAAUUAAAUUAAGUAAUUUGGUCAAGCAAAAUGCGGCAUAUAAUUAA